AUGCUUUCUGUUGUUUCUAAAAUUGUAUGGAAAGUACUGUCAGCUGGAAACGUGUAUCCGUCAAAGUAUUUUAUAUCCACUUCUAUCGGUUUACAUAAAAAACCUGGAUUGUCAAAUCAUAAAGGAUUUGCGAUAAUAUCUAGAGUUACUGGUCAAAAAGAAGAUCUUUGGAAGUUGUACAACGAGGUGGUUUAUCCUCCUGUACCUAAAGUUUCAAGCUCAGCUCUUUGGGAUACUAGCAUACGACCAGGUGAAGUUACUCAUCGUCGAGAUGAUAUUUUAUACAGCAGCAAAAGACUGUGGAUGCUAGUCCACUUGAUUCGUGGACGAUCUGUAGAUGAUGCUUUCGCACAAUUAGGAUUUCGUACUGAAAAAGGAGCUAGAAUCCUUGAAGAGGUGAUAGAAGAAGCCAUUGAACUAGCAGUUAAGGAGCACGAUUUCGAAUUCUGUACAAAAAUUUGGAUAGAGUCAGCGCAUGUUUCACGAGGUCGCAUGGUUCCUCGUUUAUACAAAGGCUUACGAUCUAAAGUGGAGUCGAAUAAAUUUCAUUACACAAAUUUGUAUAUACGUCUUCGAGAAGGUGAUCCUCCGAAAAUUUAUCAUCCAAAUGAUAUUAAAGGUGUUUGGACUCCAGCUGCAACAUGUCCACCAGAAGGUAGACCUUGGGGCUCAACACGAGAAAUGGUACAUCGUGAAUUGGAAAGAUUGCGUGGAAGACGAUUAAAAGGAGAUUUAUAA